UGAAAACGCCAUCCCAUCCUUCCAUCCCCUUCAUCUUCUCCGCAAAACCACACAGCGAUUUCACAGGCACCGCGACGAUGGAGGAGACGACAUGGGAGCAGAAGCUCCACACCCUGACCCACCUCCUCACCACCCGAACCACCGCCCCCUCCCUCCACUCCCAAUUCCUCGUCUCCUCCCUCGUCCCCUGCUACCUCCGCUGGGACUACCCUCCCCUCCUCUGCUCCCGAGCCCCUAGCCCCGACCUCCUCCUCCUCCGGUGGAGCCUCUCCCUCUUCCUCAGGCGGCUCCCGCGGCUCGGCCUCCCGGAGACGUCGUGGCGCUGCAAGUGCCCGUACCAGCAGCCGCCGCCGCCGGUCCUGGCGGCGGGCGUGGGGGAGGCGCGGUGGGGGGACGCCGAGCGGCGGGAGUACUUCCGGCGGCGGCUGCGGCGGGGGAGGCUCGGGAGGGAGGUGAACCCGCUCGUCCCGAUCCUGGUGCCGAACCUGCUCCUCUUCUCGCUCCUGCUGUGGGAUCCGUUCCACGAAGAAGAUCGAGGUUUGUCGUAGGAUUCGAGGUUUCUUCGUUUGUUUCGUGGAUCGGGCCGAUCGAUCGAUUUGAUCACAUCGGAAUUGAAUUUUCUCAACGUGUAAUGUCUUAGAUUUGUAUUUUUUCCCCAAUUUUGAUCUUUGAAAUAUUGUUAAAAUAUUCAAUCUAGUUCCGGAUUAUACACCAAAUUCAGUGUUAUGGUGGAUAAGAGAAGGUUUAAGGUUGAUUUUUCAUGUAAAAUAUGUAUAUCUUAAAAUGACGAAAAGGAAAAAAAUUUACGCGAGAUAUUA